CCACGACCUUCGGCUAAAUACGUCCUCAUUUGUCCCCGAGAAUCUUGAUUACACGACAUUUGAAAAAUGACAAAAAGGAGAAAAAAUCGCAAAUUCUUAAUAUUUAGUAAAAAAUUAUUAUUGAAAAAGUUUGUUAAAUAAUAAAAAUAAUAAACAAAUGUAGUCAAACUGCGAAAAGUGGAUUUUGUUGAGAAAAUCUAUGUUCAAAACAAUAUGUAGUUUAGCUUAAUUUUUUUAAUAAAAAACCAUGUGAUCAAUUUGAUCGUCAUUUGUCAUUCUUACCAAGAUCCAGUUCAUUACACAAGCUCACGUCAACAAGUACACGACCUCACCCGACAUACCAAGGAAGGCAUAAUAGGCAAAAUGGCUCUUGCCUCUUUAAAAGCACUUGGCGAAUCCAUAGCAAGGAACUUAAACCACACUGCUGAAUCCGUGCUCCAGAAAUGCGAGCUCAUCGUGUUAGGACAAGAAGGGAAUAUGGUCGUGAACGUCCCCGGCAUCUCGAUGUUGAAGGACAGCUUCCUUCUCGUGUCUGACGACUGCAAGAAGCUGGAGAGCAAGAUGAAGAGAAGCGGGCCGAUUUGUAAAGCCGCGGACCUGAGGCCCAAAGUCCUCCCUCCUUACACGUACGGCUACUGCAAGGAGAAAGAGCCCGAACCCCUAAUGUCCUGCCCACCGAAAAUCAAGAAACGGGGCAGAGGACCUUGCUGCCAUAACGAUGUGAAACAAACAAAGGGAGGAUGCAGAAACAACUAAACCCUGAAGGAUUCAAACGUGAUGAUAUAAAAGAUGAUGUAAAGGUCACAAACUAAUUGCCUUCAAAAUAAAUGUUUUCCCUUGUCAAA